GUCACGUGACCAGACGCCGCAAUUGAAUUAAUAUGGUGACAGACGUUCUGGUGGAAUGCAUGUAGUUAGCAGUGUUUAUGCAGAAUGGACAUUUUUAUUUUGAUUUCAUUUGUUGUUUAUAUAUAGUUAGCCGUACAUCAAGUUAUGCAAUGCAAAACAAGUUAACGCAGUGGGGCUUCUGGGGGACUAGCGAAUCACAUAAUUUCCACCAUGCCAGGGAAACUGAAAGUCAGGAUUGUGGCUGGACGGCACUUGCCUGUUAUGGACAGGGCCAGUGAUCUGACUGAUGCGUUUGUGGAGGUAAAGUUUGGCAAUACCACAUUUAAGACAGAAGUGUACCCCAAGUCUCUUAACCCACAGUGGAACUCCGAAUGGUUUAAGUUUGAGGUUGAUGAUGAGGAUUUGCAGGAUGAGCCCCUACAGAUCACGGUUUUGGACCAUGACACGUACAGUGCAAAUGACGCUAUUGGAAAAGUGUACAUUGAUAUUGAUCCUUUGCUGUCCAGUGAAGCAGCUACAGUUAUAUCUGGAUGGUUUCCUAUAUAUGACACCAUUCAUGGUAUCCGUGGGGAAAUCAGUAUUGUGGUGAAGGUAGACCUUUUUAAUGAUUUGAAUCGGUUCAGACAGUCUUCAUGUGGAGUUAAGUUCUUUUGCACUGCAUCCAUACCUCGGUGCUAUAAGGCAGUAACUAUCCAUGGUUUUGUUGAGGAACUGGUGGUUAAUGAGGACCCUGAGUACCAGUGGAUUGAUAGGAUUCGCACACCCAGAGCAUCAAAUGAAGCCAGGCAAAGACUUAUCUCACUCAUGUCAGGUGAACUGCAAAGGAAGAUUGGAUUGAAAGUUCUGGAAAUGGGAGGAAAUGCAGUGGUAGGCUACUUGCAAUGCUUUGACUUGGAGGGCGAAUCAGGGUUAGUGGUGCGUGCAAUUGGAACUGCAUGUACUCUAGAUAAACUAAGUAGCACAACCUCCCUCCAGCCCGCAUGUAAUUCCCCAUCAAAAGAUACCAAAGAGUCUCCGCUGGCUCAUCCAUCAAGCCAUGGAUGUCGUUCAACUCACAACAGCCCAGUUCACAUGGCUGCAGGCUCACGGCUUACUCAGAACUUCUCUGUGUCUGUUCCUACCCUCGUCUACACUGGUAUGAGAUUGCUAAGGGUUAGGCAUUGCAGGGCUCCCUUCAGUGAAGAUCCCAACCCCAAUACUCAUUCAUCAGGACCCUCAACCCCUCUGAAAAACCAAACCUAUUCCUUUUCACCUUCAAAGUCCUUCAGUCGACAAUCCUCCUCUUCUGACACAGAUUUGAGUUUGACUCCCAAAACUGCAGCGACCUUCCCACAGGGGCCUAGGAUUUUUCUGAGUCCCAGCUCCCCUACUCUUUCUUCUGGUCCCCCACAUCAUAAAAAGUGUAACUUCCUUCAUUCUGGGUCGGGGACUACACACAGUUUUACCCUUCCUCACUCUAGCUAUGCCAGCCCAGCUGUUCUGAGGAAAAGUCUCUCUUUCACUGAUGAACUGCUCUUGGCUGCUUCCGGAAUGGGAAGUGGGAGUGCUGGGAAAGAAGGAGGACCACUGAAAGCCCUCUUAAGGCAGCAGACACAAUCAGCACUGGAACAGCGGGGUGGAUCACCUCGUAAGUUCAUUAUGAAGCGGGAGUUUCCAUUUUUCACAUUGAUGUCUUUCCCUCCUGGAUUCCUUCUUCACGUGGGUGGUGUUGUUAGUGCACGGUCUGUGAAGCUUCUAGAUCGUAUUCACAAUCCUGCAUUUGUCGGAAUUAUGGCUAACACAAGAUCACACAAACUGCUAGACUGGAAUAGUUUCAACGCAGAUGAACCCGAGACUCGUGAUGCUUGGUGGGCAGAGAUCAGACUGGAGAUAAAAUCUCAUGCAAAAGCAUUGGGAUGCCAUGCUGUAGUAGGCUACAGUGAAUCAACAAACAUCUGUGAGGAAGUCUGCAUUUUGUCUGCAUCUGGGACAGCAGCUGUACUGAACCCCAAAUUCCUGCAAGAUGGCAUCACGGAAGGCUAUCUGGAACACAGGUUGUCAAGGCAGCCUGACUUCUUUUCCAUAGGGUCAGAGAAGGGAGAGGUUGAGUUUUUUCUGCAGAGCAAGGAUAGUUCCUCUACACUAGGACUUGAAGAGUCCUCUCCUCUUGGCUGUGGAUUUUGCCACAUUCCGUAUGAUGAGGGUAAUAUGCCAUUUCUUGCUCAGCUAACUUACUGCUGUAACUGCAGAAGACAGAAGGUCCCUGAUGUUCUUUUUACAACAAUAGACUUACCAGUAGAUGCGGCUGUAGUUGGAAAAGGGUGCCUUAUCCAAGCCAGAUUGUGCCGGCUUAAAAAGAAGGCUCAAGCAGAGGCAAAUGCAACAGUUAUCAGCAAUCUACUACCAUUCAUGGAAUAUGAACUGCACACACAGCUCAUGAAUAAGCUCAAACUAAGGGGAAUGAAUGCUCUCUUUGGACUGAGGAUUCAAAUUACAGUGGGAGAAAACAUGCUUUUGGGUUUAGCAUCUGCAACUGGUGUAUAUUUGACUGCACUGCCUAGUCCUGGAGGAAUUCAGAUUGCAGGAAAGACUCCAAAUGAUGCUACCUAUGAACAGCAUAUAGCGCACAUGCAAAAGAAGGUCAAUGAAACCAUCGUUAAAAACAAGGAACUGUACGAGAUCAACCCUCCAGAAAUCCUUGAUGACAUCAUUGGAUCACCUCUUCCUGAGCCCAGACAGCGUUCCAGGUUGUUUCGAUCCCAUUCAGAAAGCUCAGAUGAAAUGUCAGAGCUGGAUCUCUCACAUGGAAAAAAGGAUGCAUUUGUUUUAGAGAUUGAUGACGCAGAUGCUGAAGAAGAUGUUCUUUCAUUAUUAACCGAUUCUGCACCUCCUCCAGGUUUCUACAGCUGUAAUAUAGAAGUAAUGCCAGGCAUAAACAACUGGACAACCGAGCUACAGAUGUUCACUGCAGUGAGAGUAUUCAGAUUAAACAAUGCUGGUCUAACAAUCCAAAUGCUCAACAAGUCAUUUAGUGAUCUGUGUGAGAAACUGCUGAAGAGUCUGUAUUUUAAGUUGCGACUGAUGGUUCCCUGUUGCUUAUGUCAUGUAAAUUUCAUUGUUGCUUUGCCAGAAGAAGACCUAAUUCAGGUAGCUGUCACAGCAGUUGCAAUACGAUACGACAAGAGCCAAGCCAUAGAUAGCAGUAAGUCUGCCAUUGAAAAAUCAACAUUAAAAGCAGCAAUUGAUAAUGAAGAACAGCUCCAGUUUCCAUUAGAGUUGUGUUCAGAUACAGCUACAUCUCAGCCCUUUUCUCCAAACAAAGGUACAGGAAAUACAGAGAGUGGAGUUGCCCAGGCAGCUACACCAGCAGUUCAGCGAACUACUUCAGUUGAUUACAGUUCCUUAGCUGACAGAUGCAGCAGCUGGAUAGAGUUCAUUAAACUGAAAGCUCACACCAUAAGGCGCGGAUCAAUUAAAACAAUUGCUUCACUUGAAAAAGCAAGUCCACUGGCAGAAGGUCAUCUGCGACACCGUUCCUCAACAUCAUGUACAGGUUCCACAGUACCAGUAGUCAAGAUGACACCUCUCUCUUUCAUCCCUAGGGCAAAAAUAAUCAAAUACCUAGGCAUUAUCAACAUGUUUUUUAUCAGGGAAACAACAUCUUUACGUGAGGAGGGUGGAGUCAGUGGAUUUCUGCACGCAUUCAUCGCUGAAGUUUUUGCAAUGGUGAGAGCUCAUGUUGCAGCUCUAGGAGGAAAUGCAGUGAUUUCCUACAUAAUGAAACAAUGUGUGUUUAUGGAAAAUCCAAACAAAAACCAGGCCCAGUGUCUUAUAAAUGUUAGUGGUGAUGCUGUGAUCAUUGUACAUGAGUCUGAAAUGGAAGUAUUGCCUGUUUCACCCCAUACUACCAGCAUACAAACAAGCACUACUGAUGGCACUGUUACAGCAUGACGUAGGAAUCUAAACUACCACAGACAACACUGAGAGCACGACCUAACAUCAGUGACUGUGUCUAGUGAGACACCCAUCUGUUGACUGGUGUAAGGAUACUGUCAAGUCAACAUAUGAGCGUUAAGCAGAUGUUUAUUUGGAAUUCCAUCUGGUGUUGGUGGUGACAGUUAAUUGCAUCACUGUUGGCCAGAUGAUAGUAAAAUGGUUCCCUUAAAAUGCUGAGAUAAAAUGGCAGUUUUAAGAGAAUGGCUGGAUUGUUUUUUUAAGCUUCAUUCCAGCAACUUUUAUUCUUGUCAAACAAGCUAUUGUUUAAUUAAGUUCUGACCGAGAACAUUGCUAUGUUAAUUAUAGUAAAUGGUACUUAAAUGUUUAUGUUGUGCAGUUAACUGGAAAAUGCAGGUUAAUCUCUCACUUCCUGGCACUUUCUUUAAAACGCAUGGAACUUUUAAAAAUAAUGCUGCCGUUGUACUGUAUGUGCAAGAUCUUUAUUGGGAAAAUGACAAGCUACUUGUUUGCAGUUAGGUUUUGAAACCACAUAGUUGCAUUGCGGAUAAGGGGGAUUCAUUUCAGCAAGUAGUUUUGCAUACUACUGAUGUUUAUUGAUUGUAUGUAUCAUUUUUAAGUAAGAAAAGCAUUGGAAAUUGCAAGUCUUUUAUUAGCAGAUGUCUGCUUUUCCUCACACUCCUGUAGUAGUGUUAUACUUCGUUGGGGAUAUUUUUGUAAUAAUAAAUUAAAAAAAAAAUCUUAUGUUUAA